AUGUGGGGUGACAAUGCUGGAGCACCCUUAAAUUCAGCUCAUUUUGGAUAUGGAGUUGGUGCUGUUUUUGUUAAUUUACUUAUCGGACGAUUAAUUUUUGCAAUUGUAUCUCUAUUUCUAUCAGUAAAUAUAUGUCUUAGUAUUAUUUGGUUUAGAGCUUUUUGUCUUGCUAUUGCUUGGCUUAAUUAUGUUUGGAUUAUUGAUUUAACAAGUACAAGUUUAUUUAUUCUUGGCGCAGUAACUGAUUUGAUAUUUUCACCAAUAUUUCCAUUAUCAUUUGGUUUUUUUAAUCAAAGAUUAAAUGUUAUACCAAUGCUUCUUGAUUUAUUAUUAUGUGGAACAGCACUUGGAGCAAUUACAUUUAACAAAAUAGCUGGUGUAAUCAUAGAUCGUAAUCCAAAUCAUUUUCCAACAAUUUUAGCUGUUUGUAUAUUAAUGGCAAUUAUUCUCUAUAUUGCUUCACAUAUUGUUUACUUUUUUCAUCAACGAAAAAAUUUAUUAAAUGUUCGAUCUUCAGUAAUCAAUGGUUCAGCUCUUUCUUCUGAAUAUUGUAAUGAAGAACAACAAAUUACUAAUUAUUUAAGAGAUCAAGAAGAUAAAUAA